AUGCCGCGAAAUUCAUUUGCAUAUGACCAAGGUGUUAAGAAUUUUAUUGAAUUUGCUUUCUGGCAUGGUUCAAUUAAUGAUAUGAUACUCUGUCCAUGUCCUAUGUGUGUAUUUAGUAAGCAUCUAAAUCGUGACGAGGUAUACGAUCAUCUAAUUUGCAAACAAUUUCCAAAAGGUUAUACAAUUUGGUACCUUCAUGGAGAGUCCCAUCCACGAGAAACAACUAAUGCUCCAGUAAACAUCGAAAUUGCUUCACAAAGAAAUGUUGUUGUUCAAGAUCCAAUUAUUGAUAUGGUAAAUGAUGCUUUUGGAGUACAUGAACCUAUUUCUGAGGAAGGCUUUCAAACAGUAGAUGAAGUGGUCAGACAAAUAGAUGAUGACAUACCAAAUGUGAACCAAAUUAGGAAUGCAACAAACGAGCUUCAUGAGUUAUCUAAUGAUGGUCAACAACCUCUGUAUGAAGGGUGUGCAAAUUAUUCAAAACUAUUAUUUAUAUUGAAAUUGUACCACAUCAAGUGUCUAUGUGGAAUGAGCGAUAAGGCAAUGACGAUGAUAUUGGAGUUGCUACAUGAUGCAUUUCCGCAUAUAAAAAUUCCAAGCUCUUUCUAUGAUGCGAAGAAAACCAUCACAAAGCUUGGAUUGAACUAUGAAAAAAUACAUGCAUGCCCAAAUAAUUGCAUGCUUUAUUGGGGUAAUGAAGAAGAUGAAGAUAGACAAAAUUGCAAGAUUUGUAAUACUUCUAGGUGGAAGGAAAGGAAGGGUGGAUCAGAUUCCUUAUCCAAUGGUAAUAAAGCUAGAAGGAAGAUUACUGCAAAAGUGGUCAGAUAUUUUCCAUUGAGACCUCGUUUACAAAGGUUGUUUUUAUCUUCAAAGACAGCAAAGGAUAUGAGAUGGCACAGCUUGGAUGGCAACAACGAUGGGCUACUAAGACAUCAAAGAGAUUCUGAAGCAUGGAAAAGAUUUGAUUCAACAAAUAGUUGGUUUGCAGCAAACCCUCGGAAUGUGCGUCUUUCACUAGAUACUGAUAGAUGUUUACUUACAAUUCUAAUAAGGGAGUUGAAAGAAGUGUGGUAUGAUGGCGCUAAUACAUAUGAUUCUUAUGCAAAUGAAAUGUUCAAGCUGCAUGCUGCUUUGAUGUGGACAAUCAGUCACUACCCUGGUUUGGGAAAUUUAUCUGGGUGGAUGUCUAUACUGGACAUGCUUGUAUACAUUGCAAUUAUGCCUCUGCUCCUUGUCACUUGCCUCAUAGUAGGAAAUGGUGUUUCAUGGGCCAUCAGCACUUUCUUCAUGGUGGUCAUAAAUUCAAAAUGA